AUGGAUUUUACGGUAGGACAAAUUGUUUGGGCUAGAUGUAAUAAAAAUAAUAUUUAUUGGCCCGGAAAGAUUACUAUGAUAUCAAAUAAUACAAAUAAUUUAUGGUUAUCAGAAUUAUUUGAUAAUAUUCAACAACAAUGUAAUUAUCAUAUUGAAUUUUUUACUACGAAUGAAUCUAUUUGGACAACAGAUAUAUUAUGUUAUGGUCAAUAUCGAGAUUCUAUGACAAAUGAAUCAUUUAUUCAUUAUGGUCUUCAUCCAACAAUAAAACAAAAUUUUUUAAAUGCUGUUAAUCAAGCUGAUUGUGCUUGUAAUCAUGAAAUAUAUAUGAAUAGUAAUCAUUUAACUUCAAUGAGUGCGAUGACCUCACAACAACAAAACUCACUGCCUACAAGUGAAGAUAAUACCGAUAACAAUUUUCUCUUGAUAUCAAGUCCAAUGUUUGCCUCAAAUCCAGGAAAUUAUAAUCCAUCAUAUCAACAAAUAUCUACGCCAUCAUUGAAUUGCCCAAUUCAAUCAUUCGAUACAUUUACAACAAAUAAUAGUACCACUAAUGAAAUGUUAACUACAAAUAAUGAUUGGUAUAAAGAACAAGGUUUAUUAGUUGAAUCAAUAACACCACCAUUAUGUUCUGAAAAUGAUCAUCAACUUGAAUAUAUAUCUUCAUCAGAUAAUUUUCAAAAACAAAAUUCCGUUAUUAUAAUUACAUUAAAAACUUAUUCAAAUUCAUCAUUUAUUUCUUAUCUUUUCAAUUGUCUCUCAAAUAUUUUUCAUUCUUCAAUAAUCUAUAUUGAUGAUUUAAUAAAUUAUCAACAUCCAAAUACAUAUAAUAUUUAUUAUCUUAUAUGUUUUGAUUAUUUUGAUUCAAUUAUUAAACAAACAUUAAAUUUAACUAUACUUAAUAAUCUUAAUGCACAUAUUAAUUAUUUAUUUCUUAUUAUCAAUACACCAUCAUAUGAACUUAUAAAACAUUUCUAUUCAAUAAUAAUAGAUAAACGAACUAUAAUGAUUCUUCAUUAUCAUUCAACAUUUGAUAAUGAAUCAUUAUUAUUAUGUUCAGGUAAUCGAACAAUAUUUGAAAUGAUUCGAUCAACAUUUUUGAAAUAUUUAUGUUCGAAAAUAAAAUAUAUUGAAUCAAAUGAUAAUGAACAAGAACAAUUAUAUUCAGCUUAUUGUAUUUCAUCAGUUAUUCAAUCAACAAAUAUUCUUAAUUAUUUUAUCAAUGAACAAAUUCAAGAAACAUUAAAUGAAAAAUUUGAAUCUGAUUUUCUCAGAAAUAAUCAACAGGUUAUUAAUGAAUUAUUUCCUCAAUUAUCAAUAAAUAAAAUAUCAAAUGGUAAUAAUUUACUUGAAUUAAUUCAUAAAUCAAAUGAAGAUAUAUUAAAAAAUAAAUCAAAACAAUCAAUAGUAAUGAAUGAUUUAUUUCAAAGUUGUGCUAUUAAAACACAUAUACCUCCACCUAUAUGUGAAUAUUAUGUACAAAAUAUUCUACAUGAAAAGUAA